CAGGGACGCUGGAAAUGCUGCAGGAGUGGCUGCUGGUUAGGGAUUCCGUGGAUCCGGCCGACGCGAAGGACCGGGGUUUUCGCGAGGAGAGCGAGGAGAGCGAGCAUUUCUGUGCUAUUAAGGGAAGCCAACGAGACGAGCGAGAUCAAAGCCGCGUGGGCUCUUUGUCUCCCCGCGCUUCCCCCCGUCCUUCGCCCCGCGCUUCUUUCCGCGUGUCUGUUCGCCCGCUUCCGCGUCCUCGGCUCCCCGCGCAAGGCGCGUGCGGGUCCGCGCACGCGCUGGCGCUGGUGGCGCAGGCGCACGCGUCGUGGCAGCUUUACUUCCACCUCAACGCGCACCCCGAACCCUGGCUGCCCGAAUGCGAAGUUUUCCAAUCGGGCAUCCUCGAAAGAAUCUGGGCCAAGUACACGCGGGCAGGGCCGCGGGGGGCGUCCGCGGAAAACAUAGUCGCAGCGGCAACAGCAGCAGCGGAAGCAGCCGAAGGCGGCGGCGGAGGACGACAAGCGGAAAAAGGAGGGAGAGGCGGGGAAGGUUUGGCGAGCGGAGGGGGUUCGACGGAACGAGGAACGAGCGGAGGUGCCCGAAAAAAGGAGAGAGAGGACGCGGUGCGGAGGGAGGUUGCGCAAUUGCUCCGCGUGUCAGGAUGCGCGCCGGAGGGGCACAAAUUUCAGCUGGUAGUGGAGCUGGCGGGGCAGGAGAAGGUGGGCGUGGGGGGGAGCAAGGGGAAGACGCGGAGGCACUGGCGCGGGCAGGGGGAAGGGCCGCGAGCGAGCUUGAGUGGGCUCCGUGUUACAGUGAGGGGAAUGUGGAACAGUAACAGCAGCAGUAGUAGUAACAAUAAAAAUACAUUUAGUAGUAACACCAGCAGCGGCGGCAGGAAUAGUAAGGGCAGGAAUGAUACGGGCGAGAGCAGCAGUAGGAGCGAUAGGCGCGCGAGAAGCAAUAUGGGUGCGAGUGGCGCAGCAAGGUCGCUAAGGCUGGUGCAGCAGGGGGGCAGGGAAAGGGGUGGUGCAGAUGGGAGCUUGGCUAGUGUUGAUGCCCAUGGGGAGGGCGAGAAUAAUGCGGAUGGGGCCAUUGCUCUACAGGCUUCUGCUGUUGCUGGUGGUGGAGUUUCCAAUCACAGCGCCAGUCACACAUGCAGCAGUGCCAACGCCACCACCAGUACCAGCACCACAAGUGGCACUAAUGGCAUCAAUGCUCGUAAUGCUUCACGCAGCAGAAGCAGCAGCGGCAGCGGCAUUAACAUUGGCAAUGGCUUUGGUCAUGGCAGUGGCGUCGGCAGCAGCAGCCGAGCAUGGAGCACCAUGGGCAGUGGGAGGAGCACGGUUGGGGUGACAAGCGACGCCAGCAGCAGGUGGGGCGGAACCAGCAGCAGCAGCAACAGCGGCGGCGGCAGAACGAACAUGAGAGGCAGCAGCACGAGCAGCAGCAGCGGAAGCAGCAGCUUCGGGUGGGGCAGCAUUAGCAGCGGUGGUGGCAGUGACGGCAGUGGAAGGGGGCUCACUGGCAGGAGUGGCGGAGGGGGCAGUGGCGUGCUAAGCGCUGUUGACUUCAGCUUUUUGGAGCCCAUGGGGUUGAGCGAGCUUGUAUCGGUUAACGAAUCAGCUUCUCCCAGCAGGAAUUUCGGCGCCGGUGUCUCGUACGAGCAAUUGAGUUUGCCUGCUGCGGGUGCUGCAGGUGCUGCGGGUGCUGCUGCAGCUGCUUCAGUCCCCGGAACCACCAUUUCGCUCCCACCCUCCCACCCCUCUCCCCCGCACCCCGUCCGCCCCCAACAACCCUUGCCCCUCCGCCCACCCCUCCCUCCAACCCCAUGCCCCGCCCGCCACUCGUCUCCCUUCUCCCCCGGCUCUCUCCCCCCCGCUUCCCCCCCACCUCUCCCCCGCUCUCCCCUCUCUGUUGAUUCAAUCAGGGACGCGGAGAGAAGGGGUCUGAGGGGGGGCGAGAGAGGAGAGUGGGAGCCAUGUGGGGAGGUGAGGAGCGGGAUGAGAGGGGGGAGAGUGAGGGAGGGAGUGAGGGAGGGGGUGAGGUUCCUUCAGCGGCACAAGAGUGAGAACCUAGCUGCAGUGUUUAAGUACCUCAGCCCGGACAGGCUUGGGGGUAAGGGCAAGGGAGGCGGGAGGGGAGACGAGUCACCAGGAGCAGGAGCAGGAGGGUGGGGGGCGGGAGGGUUGGGAGCCGAACCGGACAGCCCAGAGACAGUGAGGGGGGAGGAGAGGCAGCAGGAGCAGCACCAUGGGAGCUACCAGGAAAGGUGCAGGCAGCACGGCUGGAAAGGCAGGCCUGGAAGCACCAGCAGCAGCACCAGCAGCAGCAACGCACACGAGUGGGCAAAGGUGGAGCGACAAGGGAGUGUGGAGGGACGGAGGCACGGAGGGGGAGGAGGCAGGGGCGAGGAGGAGGAACCCACACCUGAGGCAACAGCGGAGCUGGUCCUUGGCCCUGCUGUUGCACUCUCCCCUCCAUCCUCCCCUCCCUGUUCUCCUCGCAUCCCUGCCCACCGUUGCAUCCCCCUCGCGCGCUCCCCCUUCUCCUCGCCGCAGUCCCGGACCCCUGAGAGGGUUCGCAGCUCAGUAGCCGUGCGACGGCACGCCACCGCUCCAGUGCCACGCACCCUCCGGUCUCACUCCCCUCUGCCACUCAUUCGCUCCCCGCUGCACCUCACCCGGUCUGCUUCACCGCUGCACUGCAGCAGCAGCAAUAGCAGCAGGAGCAGUAGGAGCGGGAGCAGCAGCAAGGACGCUAGCCAGCAUCUGCAUGUGAAGCAGCAGCAGCAGCGGCAGCAACAGCAGGAGAAGCAGCAGCAGCAGCGGCUCCGCAGCCAUCACAAUAUUCAUCCGGCAGCUGGUCGACCCCUUUCCCCUUGCCUUCUUCCAGGUGUACUGCCAAGAGCUACCUCUGCUGCUGCUCUUGCUGCUGUUGCUGCUACUGAUGUUACUGGCGGCGGUGGUAGUGGUGGUGGUGGUAUCUCUGUUGAUUCGAUUCGAUACUCCUUUACUCAAUUCCACACUGACGGUUCGGAGGGGCCUGAGGAGCAGGAGUGGCAUGGUAACAGGCACAGCGACCAACAGGUCGAGCAGUGCGACGACUGGCACGCUCCCGCACCUCUCUUCCACCGCUCUCUGGACGACAGGGCGGGACUCAGCAGCUGCUUCCGAGCCAAGGCAUGGCUGGCAGAGCGGGAGAGAGAGAUAGAGGAGGAGGAGGAGGCGGACGAGGAGGACGGGGAGGAGUGGGAGGGCGAGGGGGAGUGGGAGGGGAGCAGGGGUGAGGGUGGGGGUUUUAGAAGUGGUAGAGGUGCUGACAGCGGGAAUGCUCGUGGUAGUGGCGGUGGUGGUGGCAGUAGCACCAGUAGUGGUGGCGGUGGCGGUGGGGGUUGUGGUGGUGGUGGUGGCGGCGGCGGCGGCGGCGGCGGCGGCGGUGGUGGUGGUGGUGGUGGUGGUGGCGGCGGCGCUAGUAGUGGUGUUAAUGGUGGCAGGAAGCCCUCUCACGGAGGGUCAUGGCAUGGAGGGUUGGCACGCGGAGCAUCGCUGUCGCUUGACGUGCGCACGGGCAGCGGCAGGAGGCUGAGUAUGGUGCAGGCUGUGGAAACAGGCUCUGCCAGCACCACUGCCGCCACCGGUUCAGCAGCAGCAAGGGGAGGCGCAGGGGCAGGAAUAAGGGGAGGUGGGCCAGGAGCGUCUGCAGGUGUAGGAGGAGGAGGAAGGGGGGGAGGAGCAGCGGGAGGAGAAGGGGGCGGAGAAGAUGGAGGGGAGUGGAAGGAGGGUUGUGCUAGGUCACUUGGGAGUGGCAGUUUCAGGUCAUGGCGCGAGGGCAGCCUUGACCUCACUAGGGAGGGGGCAGCUGGGCUGGUGAGGGGGGAUAGUGUGGGACUGAGGGAGAGCAGUGUGGCACUGAGGAGGGAAAACAGUGUGGGUGUGGGUGUGAUGAGAGAAAAAAAAGCUGGUUUGAGGAGGGAGAGUAGCAUGGGGGCACUGAGGGAGUGGGAUGCAGGACUGAGGAGGGAAGGCAGUGUGGGCUCAUUUAGGGAUGGCAACGCAGGCUCAUUCAGGGACAGUAGUACUCCAAUACUGUUCAAAGACACGCCUGACAGCACCCCUCCUCCCUGCUACCCCGCGCCCUCUCAUUCUUCCUCCACUGCAGCCACCCAGCCGGCUGUGUUUUCCCGCAUCAGCAGCAGCAGCAGCAUUGCUGGUAGGAGCAGCAGUGGCCGAAGCUUCUCAGCCACAGCAGCAGUGGCAGUGGGAGGAGGUGGAGGGAGGACGCCCGGACGAAGGUCUGUGGCAGUACCAGCCACUGGCGGCUCUGUUGGUGCUGGUGCUGGUGCUGGUGCUGGUGCUGGUGCUGGUGCUGGGUCCUCUUCAGCUCCUGCUUUUGGUUCCAGAGACGAUCAGAUAGUGGCUGCUGCUGCUAUGGUUGCUGGAGUAGUGGAGGGUAGGCAAGGUCGGCCCAAGGCCCAAACACGAUGGGAUGCACCUACACAUACGGACUCUGCACAUACUAGCUCGUCCAAUGCCAAUACCACUGCCAGUGCCACUGCCACUACGAGUUCCAGUGCCCGUGCUGCUGCCAGUGGUACUGCCAGUGCUGGAGUGCAUUCCCUUGGGCUGUAUGGUGCUUGGACUGGCACGCAGCUCUCUCACUCCAGUCCCUUCCUCCCAAGGCCAAUGUGCCGGAGCAUGAGUGAGCACGUCAUGAUACGCCCUGCCACUGCUGCUGCUGCCACGGCUGCUGUUGAUGCACCUGCUGCAGGCAUUUCUGGCAGCAGGGGGGGUUCGGCGCGCCAUUCCAGCGUGCAAACCCCUCCCCUUCCGCCAGCAACUCCAUAUCGCGAGGCUACUCCGCUUCGAUACGCGGUAGGGGCAGCAGGGCCAGCAGGGGUAAAGGGUGGUGCAUGCAGCAGUGGACGGAGGUAUAGAGCAAGCGGAGGGCUUGGUGGCGAUGGGUCUGUGCAUGUCAGUGGGGGGCCAAGUAGGGAGGUGGAGGUUUGGGAGAAGGGAGUUGUGGUGGACGGAGGGGGAGAGGAAGAUGAUGAGGAGUGGUUAGAAGGAGAGCUGAGGCGACACAGAACGGAGGGGGAUUACCGGAAGAAGCUGGGCAAGACUCUGAGCACAUGGAUAUGAUGGACGGCAUUGUGUUGUUGUCCAAAAUAGACACGGUUUCGUGUUUCUAGCUUUGGCUUGUUUGCAUCACAUGUACGGUGAUGUAAGAUCACCCUUUGUAGAAUCUGUUAACGAAU